CCGAUGCAGAGGCGGUGACCAGUGUGAUAAGUCAAUCGCAUAGCACCACCUCGGAUAGUCAGAGGCCACCGAUGACAGCGUCGGGGCGAUGCCCAAUAGCAGCAGCUUCAGUGCCGGCGAAGGGAUCAGCUCCAAGCUACGUCAUCUAGAUCAGACAUCAGCUCCAGCUACAGUUCCUGCACCCUCUGCCUCCCUGCCCAAUGGCCAUUGCUCCAAAUCCAACUCCAAUUCGGUGUCUGGCUCCCCAAAGCCAUUGCCUCCUCCACGGCGUACUCGCAUCGUGGCCCAGUUGUGUCAGGAGCCAAGCAGACCCAAGGCCAACCAGCAGGUCAAGGCCAUUGUGACCAUCACAGAGACGGCAAGGAUUAUGAGAAGUGUGGAAAGAAGUCCCUCAAAAUCUGUGGGCGCUGGAGGAGGAUCACCCGCCAAGUAUGCUGCCUGCCAUUGCCGUUGCCAACCGGAGGACUUUACCCAUGCCCAACUUUCCCCCGACAAGAUGGAGCACCAGACUUGCAAGUUGUUGGAAUCACCAAAGCAAACCACCAGCACAAGCACCAUCGAGCAACAGAAGCAGGAGGAUGAGCAACUGUCCCUGAUGCUCAUAGGCUUGGCACAGUUUGCUCCAGCGGCUAGGUUGUGCGGUGGAGGAGGAGGAGGAGGUGGAGCACAGCAAGGACAUAAGGUAAACCAACGAGAGGAGGAUAAUGCCACACCCACGAUAGCCGUAGUGCCGCCCACACCAGAUGCUGUGCUCACCAAGACCAGCACUCAUGUGUGGGAUAAUAGUGGUUGCUCCUCCUCAAAUGGAGGAGGAGGAGGAGGAGCAGGGAACUCAACCACCACCACCACUAGCACGGCCACCACAACCACCAAGCAACCCAGGCAGGCCACCAUUGAAAAUAUACCCGAAGAUUCCUGCGAUGAAUCCCCGCUAGACGAAGAGCCACCAUACCGACCCAUGAGCAGUGCCCUCCGACGUUUUGGUACCAUGUCCAGUCUGGAGAAGCUACCCUCCGAUGAUCGCAUGGAUGAGGCCGAUGAGCUGGAUGAUGACCUAGAAGAGCCCACCUCCUACACACCCAAUGGUCACGAUGAGGAUGGGGAUGAGGACGAUGGAGAUGGAGAUGAUGAAGAGGUGGGCUCGGAUAAGGCCUUGGCACAGAACCUCAUUGAACCAUCCACCUCGGCAACGGGCAUUCACUUGGCCAAUGGCGAUGUCCUGGCCAGUGGAGCCUGGACGAAUCGUGCCGGGGCCUAUGUCACAGACAAAAUGUCCUUUUUCGAGGAAUCGCGAGCGUUUAUAGACAAGUAUUUGGGUCGCUGGAAUGCAGGAGAUGCCCAGCAGCAGCAGCAGCAGGGAGGAGGAACUGCCUCCGAAACGGAUGAGCAAAUGGAUGAGUGCACUUCGGGAGCCACAAGCGGGGAAGAAGUAUGGGGUACACCCACCAGUGGCGGGGAUAAUGAUGAUCAGGAUUUGCAGUUAAUUAACUCGGAAAAUACGCAUUCGUCACCCACCAAGUCGAGCACUUCGCUCAAUGAUGACGAUGACACUGAGUUGAUGAUGGAUGAGCUGCUGAUGGCCCCGCCCAUGACAGCGAGCACUAUACGAGGACUUUUGCCACGCUUUUACAGGUGUUUAUCUACCUUUUUGUUUCCAUUUACACACUCAAACAAACCACUAAACAUAUCCCUAAUUCGAUUCGAAUCAGCUUCAUCCUUCUAUAUCUUGAUCUCUCUCUCAAUAUAUACAUAUAUAUAGCCUUUGUAUUAUCUAGAAUUUUGCUCACUCAUACGCAGGCUAUAGUCAUAGUCAUAGUCAUAUAGUCAGGCUAGGGUAGCGUAGCCCUCUCUCUUAUGUAUAUCUAUAUAGUCAUAAUGUAUCGGAAUCGAGAUCUAUAUCAUUUAUGUCAUCUAUAUACACACACAUCGAACCAAUCAACACACAUACAUCGAUCGACUGUUGCUAAAUUCCAAUUGAAAUUCGUUUGCA